CGGCUGCGGGGCGGCUGCCGGGCCGCCGGCAGACCCGGCCCGCGGCGCGCGGCGCGGGCGGGCGGAGUGGAGGCCGCCACGGCGGCGCGGGAGCGCGAGAUGCUGGAGCUGCGGCACCGGGGGGCCGGGCCCGGCCCCGGCGCUGCGGGGGCGCCGCCACCCCGCGAAGGAGAGGCGGCCGGCGGCGACCACGAGACCGAGAGCACCAGCGACAAGGAAACAGAUAUUGAUGACAGAUAUGGAGAUUUGGAUUCCAGAACAGAUUCCGAUCUUCCAGAAAUUCCACCAUCCUCGGAUAGAACCCCCGAGAUUCUCAAGAAAGCUCUAUCUGGUUUAUCUUCAAGGUGGAAAAACUGGUGGAUUCGUGGAAUUCUUACUCUAACUAUGAUUUCCUUGUUUUUCCUGAUCAUCUAUAUGGGAUCCUUCAUGCUGAUGCUUCUGGUUCUGAGCAUCCAAGUGAAAUGCUUCCAUGAAAUCAUCACUAUCGGUUACAGAGUCUAUCGCUCCUAUGAUCUGCCGUGGUUUAGAACACUGAGCUGGUACUUUCUACUGUGUGUAAACUACUUUUUCUAUGGAGAGACUGUAGCUGAUUAUUUUGCUACGUUUGUUCAAAGAGAAGAACAACUUCAGUUCCUCAUUCGCUAUCACAGAUUUAUAUCAUUUGCCCUCUAUCUGGCAGGUUUCUGCAUGUUUGUGCUGAGCCUGGUGAAGAAACACUAUCGUCUGCAGUUUUAUAUGUUCGCAUGGACUCACGUCACUUUACUGAUAACCGUUACUCAGUCACACCUUGUCAUCCAAAAUCUGUUUGAAGGCAUGAUAUGGUUCCUUGUUCCAAUAUCAAGUGUUAUCUGCAAUGACAUAACUGCUUACCUUUUUGGAUUUUUUUUUGGGAGAACUCCAUUAAUUAAGUUGUCUCCUAAAAAGACUUGGGAAGGAUUCAUUGGCGGUUUCUUUUCCACAGUCGUGUUUGGAUUCACCGCUGCCUACGUGCUAUCCAAGUACCAGUACUUCGUCUGCCCCGUGGAGUACCGGAGCGAUGUCAACUCCUUCGUCACCGAGUGUGAGCCCUCGGAACUCUUCCGCCUCCAGAGCUACGCGCUUCCACCCUUCCUGCAGGCGGUGCUGAGAUGGGAGACGGUGAGCCUGUACCCUUUCCAGAUACACAGCGUCGCCCUCUCGACAUUCGCCUCCCUAAUCGGCCCGUUCGGAGGCUUCUUUGCCAGCGGAUUCAAAAGGGCUUUCAAAAUCAAGGAUUUUGCAAACACCAUCCCUGGACACGGUGGGAUAAUGGACAGAUUCGACUGUCAGUAUUUGAUGGCAACUUUUGUGCACGUGUACAUCACAAGUUUCAUAAGGGGCCCAAAUCCCAGCAAAGUGCUGCAGCAGUUGCUGGUGCUGCAGCCCGAGCAGCAGCUGAACAUCUACAGGACCCUGAAGACGCACCUCAUCGAGAAGGGCCUCCUGCAGCCCGCCCUGAAGGUCUGAGCGGCCUGGAGGGGCGCGCCGGCCAGGAGGGACUCCCCAGAGCGGCACCGACAGAGCGACUGUGUAAUUGUACGGCAGAGUGGUUGAAAAUGUAAUAGAUUGAAGUUUUUACAGACACGAGUGUCUCUCUCUGAAAUUACUGUGACUAUCUCACACGCACUGUGACUCGGUCUAAGGUCUGAAAUCAGCGGCCAGUCGCCGGGAGCACGCCCUGUGCCCUCUCUGCAGCGUGCUUUCCGACGUGAACCUCCUCCUCCCUCUUCCUUGCUGGGUCUCAGAAUUUAACAGACUGGUGUUUUUUUUUUUAAAAGAGUCAAGCACCAUAAAACGAAUUAAGUUGAGGAUGUCUUAAAAGUCGCACCCGGCAGCGUGCCCUCGUUUGCACAAAUAUUUGCGUUUGCACUUGGCGCUGCUCUUAAUUUUAGCGGCGUGUUCUGUGUCAGGCACCACGGGAAGUCGGCUCUCCUGCGCUUCCUCCUCACAUAGGCUGAAGUAUUUUCUAGAGGGCUUAGUUGGAUCACAAAAAAAAAAAGAGAGAGAUUGUCCACUGUGAAAGCAGUGAUCCUUUGCCCAGGGGAAAACACUCUGUCGUAGGCAGGUUCAGAAUCCAGGAGAUAUACUGUCCUCACGGUAGAUAGGGGAAAAGAAAGACAAAAAAA